GACACACACAGAGAGUGACAGGAGGAAAGAGAGUACUACAUCAAGAUCAAGUUAUAGAUAGACACACAUUAAAUAGGUAGAACAACAACUAGAUUGACAUUGAUUUUGGUAAAACAAAACAACUACAACAAGACCACAAGGAAACGCCAAAAGACAUACAAGACCAUCAAAAACCAUGUCGCAGCCACGGCCAAAGAAGCAUGGGCAUCAUACGGGGAGAGAAAUCAUCCAGAUUCAGGUAGGAAAAUGCGGAAAUGCUAUAGGACACGAAUUCUGGCGCGAUAUAGCGCAGGAGCACAGAAUUGCGUUCGAAGGAACCGACCAAAUGAAUGGGAGAUAUACGGGAGAAGAGGUUCUUUUAAUAUUAUGCUUUCCUUGAUGAUUAUCAUCAGAUGAUGCGUGGUGGAGGUUGCGGAACAGGUGGGCACCUUUGUUUGUGCCGCUGUUCUAACGCUAACCAUGUUACGGUUGGACCUCAUAAUAGUUGGCCCUCUAUUACAGAGCAAAUUAUCGAAAGAGAACAAGAAGAUGAAAAAGAAAAAUCUGUCUUCAACAUAGUCAUGAUUGUACUAGGCUCACAUCUACAUCUGACUCAUCCUCUUCUUGACAACAUACACCUGCAUGUACCUACAGGGCGCAAUCUAUCAGGAGAACCUUGAGGUUUUUUUCAAUGAGGGUAGCAAUGGACGAUACGUUCCACGUGCAAUCUUGGUCGAUACCAAUAUGUCUGAUUUGGCGCAGAUAACAGGAGAUAGUCUAGGGAGACUCUACAGACCAGAAAACAUCAUUGGGAAUGACGAGGGCGCAGGAAACUGCUACGCCAAAGCUUUCCACACAGAAGGACCAGAUUUGGCUGAUCAGGUGUUUCUGUCUGAGGAUAGUUGCUGUGAGGAUAUCGAUUUGAACGUGGAGCUGCAACAUUUUAGUUCAAGAUUUUCAUAAUGCAUUUGUCUAUCGAAAGAAGCAUGUCAACAAAAAGAUUCACCCUUUGUAGGUAGCAUGCAAGUAACAGCUACAGCAUAGUUCUUCAGGUUCUCGAGACCGUCCGAAAAGAAGUUGAGAAGUGCGAAUGCUUGCAAGGAGUGCAGUUUACACAUUCAAUAUGCGGAGGAGCGGGUAGCGGUCUCACAGGACUUUUGUUGAAGACGUUGUACGACUACCUCGAUAAGGGAUCCAAGUGUAUCCUGCAGUCAUUCACCGUCGUACCGAGUCCAGGACUUACGGAUGUCAUUUUGGAACCGUACUAAUUUACUUCCGCUUUCUCGUCCUCUAGAAUGGAAUGAUCGUCCUUCAUCAGUUCAUCUUCUCUACUACUUGUGGUCCUAGAAAUUAUACUCAAUGAUGUGGUUUAAUAUUUCCGGUCUUUCAAAGUAUUGAGAUGAUUCAUCUUGAUGAGCAAGAACAAGUAGUUUAAAGGAGCGCUCCUGUAUGCAACCACAACUACAGAUACAAUGCAGCACUGGGUAUGCAAGAUUUGCUGGAGUACUGUCAUCAAUGUUUCCUCUAUGACAAUGCGGCGUUGGGACAGAUAGUGCAGAACACCUGCGAAGUCGAUACGCCGAAACUCUCCCAUCUGAAUAACAUCGUCGGGCUUUGCAUGACAGGUACUUUUCAUAUACCUCUGUAUGUAUAAAAGACACUAUUCAUGUGCUGGUCGUGGACCCUCAACUUUAAUCAACAUGAUUCCACCGGUUCGUCACAACUGCUUCUGUUCCCAUCUGCUAUUCAACACACCUUUGCUCCUUGACGCUGUUUGUUCCUAAGAACGCAGGAUCACUCUCACUCUUUGAAAAAAGCACUGUGAGCAUCCUUUUCAUCCUCGUCUCCUCGACCGCCACCAUAAGGUUUAACCUCAUGCCUCCGCCUUCCGGGAAUCCUUGAUGCUGAUUUGCGAAAGAUGCAAACGAAUUUAGUUCCUUUUAAGAACGCACACUUUUUGUGCUCGAGUUUCGCGCCACUAACGUCACCAGCCAACAAAGAAUACAGAAAAUUCUCAGUCCUAGAUCUGGCUCAGCAAAUGAUCAGCAAAGACAAUUUCUGUAUCAAAUGCGACCCACUGAAUCCAGGGGAUGCGCGAGAAGGUAUUACUUAUGGUAUUUCAAUUGAGUCCUAGAUGGUCUACGAAACCAAGUCUGAGUUUUCUAGAAAGGCACUCACGGCCUCAUUAUACCUUGCAAGAUACCUCUUCUUCAAUCUCUUGCGAAGACACAAAACAACCAACUUAUUGCUUCUCCAUCUCAAUUCUCAAGAACAUCUUCUCCCUUCCCCUCUUUCUCACCGUCACCAGGCAUUCUCAAAGCGCGAUUCCUUGCCAGCUUUGCCGCUUUCCGCGGUAAUAUCUACUCAUCCGAGGCAGACCAGGUGAUAUACAAUCUGCAGAAACAUGGGUCAAGAUUUGAUCACUACUUUCCCGAUUGGAUUCCGAACUGUAUAUCUACGUCAAUAUGUGCAGUACCGCACGAGACGCAGGGUGAUAGUGUCACGUUCGUGUGCAACACCACAGCAGUGCACGAGGCGUUCGAUAGAAUAUGUGCAAACUGGGACUCAUUGUACUGUUAUGAUAGAAAUAUGAGUUUCAUCUUUUUUAGUCAAUGAGGUGCCGCAGUUGGAAUGGCAUGAUGACCCCAAUUUGACGAUUGAAUUUUAAUUGUCAUUAAAAGUUGAUAAAUAAUCAAAAAUUUUUUUGAUUUUCAAAUUCUACUUUCGAAAUUGAAUUUUUGAAAAUACAAUCGUUGAUUUUGAAAGUGCGACAUCAAAUCAAUGUCACGACCAAAAAAAGGCUGUAAUGAAGUGGGAUGAAUUAGAAAAUUGUUGAAAUUCGAAAUUUGCAUUUGAACUUCCAAAAUUUUGAUUUUAUCUCUUUUUAUUCAAAUUCAAACUCAAUCGUGAGAUUGAGCAUAAUACGACAGACAUUCAACUUUCGUCUCCCAAAAUUACCCUCAUGGAGGAAUGACAACUCAGAACAACUAAAAGUGAAUCUAUUCGACUGAAAAUUCAAAGGUACAAGAGUCGUUCGUACCUGUACGUGUACGAGCAGGAUGGAAUAUCGACCCAAGAUAUGAUGGAGAGUAGGAAUAUUUUGCGGUAUGUAAGCGACCAGUAUCAAGAGUUCGCUAGGUGGGAGGAUAAAUUCUUUGAUGGCAGCAGCGGCCCGGAUGGAGGUGUGAUACUCAACGAAGCUGCGAUCCUGAAUCCAGAGCAAGAGACGAUCGCGAAGGAGCUCGCGGAACUCACCGACUGCUACAUCGCGACACAAGGACGGGCGUGAAUAUAAGAUGAACUUCGGGAAAUGACAGAGUUUACGAUUAUAAUACGCACCGAUAGAAGGUGAAUUUUCGAAGAAUAUUUGAUCAUACUUCCAACUACUAUAGAUUUAGAGUACGAUGAGACUUCGAUGCUCGAAGACUACAAUAAGUGGGCCAUUCCACUUUUUUCAAAUAGAUGUCCAUAAAAUUUGAUCAUACAACACAAAAUACACCAAAUAUAAAAGCAGAUAGAGUAUGUUGGGGGAGCAGACGCGGGGAGUAACAGUAGGGUGUACUUCGAUUAGUAUGUAGAAGAAUGAAUCUGUAUCUGGACAAUUAGAUGAAUCCAUUAUAUGAAUCCAAUUCCAAAGUCAAAGUCAAAGAUCACGUUGUCCUACGUGUGGUGUGUUUUUGCGUUGAGUAGUUACAAUGAUUCCUUAGCCGAUAGAUGAAAAACCGAUUUGUUAUGUUUAUGCGACCACGGUGAUCCUGGUCCACGAAGAUUAGAUUCCCUCCAUAAGUCCAGUCGUGGAGGUAGCUUUUGUGAACAAGAUUUUGAUGUACACUAGCUUCCAGAUGUUGAGAUUUUGUUUUUGGUGUUACGCCUUCGCAACGACUACGCUACCUGGUUGUAGUGUGACAUCCGCGAGGAGGACUCUUGUUGGAACUACG